AUGUUUCGACCUUCGCACUUGUCAAGGCAAAUACUUAUCCUUGUGACUAUUGUGAGCCUUACGGUUGAAAUUCAGUAUGAAUUUGAGUUUGAGGAUGACAAGAUAUUUACGAAAUGUCUCGAUAAUCCGAACGGGUUUAAGGAUAUAGAAGGAUUGUUUGAUCUUUCGAAUAUGACGUUUGAAUGGGGCGAAGAAGGUAUCGUCGUAAGUGGUAACAUGACAACUGUGUGGGAAGUAGAGCCAACUGAUCGCAUCGAGGUCCGUUCGCACACAUUACAUUGGGAACGUGGCUUUUGGCAACCGACAAUACUAAACAUUUUUGUUUUUGAUUUCUGCAAAGUUAUGUACGACAAGAACCAAAUAUGGUACAGUAUUAUGACACAGCAUGUCAUCAACGUGGAGGAAAUUCGGGACAAGUGCAUUAAUAAUAAAGGAACGCUUUUAAUGUUCGAAAAGUUUUUGAUGAAGGCCGAAUUGGGUAUAGGGAUGGUCCUCUCCUCUGGACGGUACCGAAUAGUAGUUAAUUUGGUUGCCAUUGACUUGAAUAAUAUUACACGACCAAAUGGAAUAUGUUAUGAAACAAUAGGGACAUUUUUUAAAAUCAAGAAUUGA